AACUGAUUGUUUUUUAUUCAAAAUUUCCAGUUUUUAAUUUAUUUUUGUUUAAAUCCAAAACUUUUAGUUGUACGAAUUUGUAAUACAAGAAGUUUACCCAUGACAAGUCUUGGUAUAAAUGGUUUCGGCCGUAUUGGACGUUUGGUGUUGCGCGAGGCAAUACGUCGCAAGGCACAAGUCGUGGCGAUCAAUGAACCCUUCAUCGAUAUCAAAUACAUGGCUUACAUGUUGAAAUACGAUUCAACGCAUGGUCGUUUUAAGGGUGAAAUCGCCAUGGAUGGUAAAAAUUUGAAAAUUGAUAAUCAGAGUAUAGCGGUUUUAGCCGAAAAGGAUCCAGCUAAAAUCAAAUGGAGUGAAGUGGGCGCUAAAUAUGUGCUAGAAUGCACAGGCAAAUUCAUUUCCACCGAAAAGGCCAGCGCGCAUCUAAAAGGUGGCGCUAUGAAGGUUAUAGUUUCUGCACCCGUCUCGGAUGCACCCAUGUUCGUGGUGGGUGUAAAUUUAGAUGCUUACAAACCGGAUAUGAAAGUAAUUUCGAAUGCAUCGUGUACAACGAAUUGUCUGGCGCCUUUAGCAAAGGUGAUACAUACCAAUUUUGAAAUAUGUAGUGGUCUUAUGACCACCGUACACGCGGUUACCUCAUCACAGAAAUGUGUCGAUGCACCAUCUCCGAAAAAGUGGCGUAGCGGUCGUGGAGUGCUGCAAAAUAUUAUACCCACAUCAACGGGCGCUGCAAAGGCGGUGGGUAAAGUUAUACCCGAUUUGAAUGGUAAACUAACGGGUAUGGCCUUUCGUGUGCCCACAGCUGAUGUUUCUGUAGUGGAUUUGACUGUGAGUAUCGGUAAACCAACUUCACUCGAUUGUAUUAAGGAGAAAAUUGAAGAGGCAUCAAAAGGACCAAUGAAAGGCAUACUCGGUUAUACUGAAGAUGAGAUUGUAUCUACAGAUAUAACAACUGAUCCACGUUCCUCCAUUUUUGAUGCCAAAGCGAGUAUUGGUCUAACAGAUACAUUCUUUAAAUUGAUCUCCUGGUAUGACAACGAAUAUGGUUACUCGUCGCGUAUGAUUGAUUUGGUAAAAUAUGUGCAGGAAGAGGAUAAAAAGGCGAACAAAAAAGGAGAUGGUAAAGAUGGUGAUAGUAGUAAAUGCGAUACCAAGAAAACAUGAAAAUUAAGAAAAUAAUUGCAGAAAAUGUGGAUAUAACACUCGUUUUUAUAGGCUUUU